CAGCUAUCAACCAAAUUGUUCAAUGUGGACUCCAGAGAUCAAUUGAAUUUAUAGAUCCUUCUAAGUACUUACGUCCCAAACUGACGGUUCGUCGAUGAAGUUCCAACUCCCAUGGCGGAACCAACUAACUUAAAAAAUCUUGCGGCCUUCACUUUCCUUUCUAAAUUAAUUACUUCCCGCCAAUUAAGAUUCUCCCCAAGUUCUUGUUUUCGUGUUUGUGAGCUUCAAAUUCUUCUACGACCGACUCAGGGUCAUGAGCUUAGCUCCUACCCUGUUCUUGCGGCAGCAUUUAAACACAUGCUCCAAAAAUCUUUACUUUGCCAUAUCUUCAGACCAAGCAAAACUCCUUUCUCUAUUGGAAUCGUGCAAUGGGACUACAAAAAUCUCCCAAAUCCACUGCUACAUGGUCAAGACUGCUUUUGAUCUCGUCCCUUUCACGUUGAGCAAACUUCUUGCUUCUGCCAUAUUAGAUAUCAAGUAUGCAGCUUCCAUUUUCAGGGAGAUACGAAACCCAAAUCUCUUUAUGUUCAAUACUAUGCUACGAGGCUAUUCUAAUAGCAAUGAGUCAAAACAAGCUUUUGUUAUUUUCAAUGACCUUAGGAAUCAGGACUUUUUGCCUGAUCGGUUUUCUUUUAUAACAACUCUUAAAGCUUGCGUUCGUGAAUUGGCAAUUGAUGUUGGACAGGGAAUUCAUGGGAUUGUUCUUAAAUCUGGGCAUGGUUCAUUCAAUGAUGUUAACAAUAUACUUGUACAUUUUUACUGUAAUUGUGGUCAAAUUAAAGAUGCCCAUAAACUAUUUGAUGAAAUUCCUCAGAGAAAUGAUUUGGUUUCAUGGAACACUUUGAUGGAUGGUUAUGUUCGUGCACCUCAGCCCACUGUUGUUUUAGAUCUUUUUAGACAAAUGUGUAGGAGAGGUUUGAUAGCCAAUACGCUUACACUUUUAUCUGUCUCAUCUGCUGUGGGUGAUGUUGGGAAUACCAUGGAUGGAAGGUCUCUUUACGGACAUUGUGUCAAGUUGGGUUUAGGUUCUAAUCUCCAUGUAGUUACAUGUUUGAUUGAUAUGUAUGGAAAGUUUGGUGAUGUGGACGAAGCAGGAAAGAUUUUUGAUGAAGUUGCUGAGAAAGAUGUUAUUCUGUGGAACUGUUUGAUAGAUAACUACGCCAAAAAUGGGUUGAUAAAAAAAGCAGUAGCUUCAUUACAUCUCAUGAAACUUGAAGGAAUGAAACCCAAUUCAUCCACAUUGGCAGGUUUAAUCUCAGCUUGUGCUACCUCUGGUGCUGUCAGUACAGGUAAAUACCUUGCCAAAUAUGCAGAGAAGGAAGGAUUGGAUCUAGAUGUCUUUCUUGGAACGACUCUAAUUGGUAUGUAUGCUAAAUUUGGGUUCCUAGACAAGGCAAUUGACAUUUUUGAUAAGAUGAAGGAUAAAGAUGUAAAAACUUGGGCGGCGAUGAUAACUGGUUACGGAGCUCAUGGGCAGGCAAGUAAGGCUAUGGAAACUUCGUAUAGGAUGGAGGAGGAGGGUUUUCGGCCGAAUGAGAUAACAUUCUUAGCAGUCUUGAAUGCUUAUAGUCAUGGAGGCAUGGUCGCAGAGGGGCUGAAAUGUUUCAAAAGAAUGGUGUAUGAAUAUGAGAUAACACCAAAGAUUGAGCACUAUGGAUGUAUUAUUGAUCUUCUUGGCCGUGCAGGGUUGCUGGAGGAGGCUCAUAACUUAUUAAAGAGCCUGCCUUCGAAGGGUGAUAUUACCGGAUGGCGUACACUGCUGGCAUCUUGUAGGGUUUAUGGAGAUGUUGAAUUGGGAGAGACUGUGAAGAGAAUGCUGGUUGAUUUAAAUGAUGAACACCCCGCGGAUUCAAUGCUGCUUUCUAGCACUUAUGCCAUUGCUGGGAGGUUGUCUGAUUAUACACAAUAUCAACAAAGUAAGGAAGGAAACAAAGUGAAAGAAGCAAAUGGAUCAUCUCGAAUGCAGAUUGAGAAAGCAAAAAAGGAAGCUGGUUGCAGUGUGAUUGAGAUGGAGAGCUUGUGUUAAGACCAUGUUCAUUUCCUUAUAAAUGUGAUCAACCAUGUUCAUGCCCUUUUAACAUCAUUGACACGUGGGUCUCCAGUCAAAUUUGUAGUCAACAAACACAAUUCUAUUACAGAGCUGAAAGGGAUCAAUUUAAGCAUUUGAAAAUUACAUAGAA